AUAUAUAUAUACGUGUCUAGACCUCUUCUACAGAUAUAUAUACGUGUAUAGGCCGAAUAUCUUCUGGAAAUUAUCGUCAGUGCAAGUACUAUUAUCAUAACUCUGGUCUCUCUGUAAGAAUGAAAGGCUGCAUUCUCCUGACACUGGUGUUCCUGCUGAUGGGAUUCGUUGUGGGACAUCAGAGAUGUUCUCCCGUAUGCACCCUGGAGUACCUUCCAGUCUGCGCUGGGGACGGUGUCUCACAGCCUGUAACUUUUCCAAAUCGUUGUGGACUCAACUACUACAACUGUGUCAACCCAGAUAAGCAGCUGAGGCAGCUGAAAUCUUCCGAAUGCAAUCUGACGACUCUAGUCUAUGCUUAAAGGAAAUGACGUCACAACGUCUGAACGGACGUUUCCGGCGAUUUCUAACUAUCUACACAUUUUAAAGGAAUAGAUUUAUUCCAUACUGAAUUAAUAGUGUAAGAGAAAGAUUAUAAAUAAAGUAUCAUUUAAUACUAUUCUA